GUAAACACAUUUUCGGAGUAUUUAAACAAGAAUGAGGGGCCAAAGAUCAGAAGCUGCUAUGCCUAUUCUGUCAUAAUCUCACUCUCUCUCUCAUCCAGCUCCUAUAAACAACCCUCUCACACUCGAAGCUUCCAUUCCAUGUGCUGAUGUGCACAACAACCGCCACCCCCUUAACCCCCCAAUUAAGGAUUUAAGAUUCCAAAACACUAGACAAUACAAGUCACAACUCAGCACACAAAAGCACAUAAGAAGAAGAAGAAAACACACUCUUCCAAGUUAAACAUCUUCCUUUCUUCAACCAUCCGCAAACUCCAAACUUGCGACCAUAUUCGGAGACCCAUUUGACCAAAACAUCCGAAACCAAUGUCAGUGUCAUGUGGGGUGGAGUGCGUCUUCGUGCUCGGCUGCGCACGCUGGCUGUGGAAGCGCUGCACAUACAUCGGCUCUUACGACAGCGCCACGUGGACCGCCGCCACUCCCGACGAGUUCGAGCCCGUCCCCCGCCUCUGCCGCCUCAUCCUUGCCAUCUACGAGCCCGAUCUCCGCCGUCCUACCCACUAUGAGCCCGCCGGCGGCUACCGCGUCGACCCCGAUUGCGUCGUCAAGCGUGUCGGCCACUCUGAAACCCAAGGCCGCGUGCCGCCGUAUCUCAUAUACGCCGACCACCAGCACCGCCAGAUCGUGCUCGCCGUCCGCGGCCUCAACCUCGCCAAAGAGAGCGACUACAAGCUCCUUUUGGAUAACCGCCUUGGGAAGCAGAUGUUUGAUGGCGGGUAUGUUCAUCAUGGUUUGCUGAAAUCGGCGGUUUGGUUGCUGAACCAGGAAUCGGAGACCCUCAAGAAGUUGUGGGUGGAUAAUGGUUGCAGCUAUGAUAUGGUAUUUGUGGGGCACUCCCUUGGUUCCGGGGUUGUGUCGUUGCUGACUAUACUGGUGGUGAAUCAUAGGGAGAGGUUGGGAGGGAUACCAAAGGAGAAGAUUCGGUGCUAUGCCGUUGCUCCUGCAAGGUGUAUGUCACUCAAUUUGGCUGUCAAGUAUGCCAAUGUCAUACACUCUGUUGUACUGCAGGACGAUUUCUUGCCAAGAACAGCCACUCCAUUGGAAGAUAUAUUCAAAUCCAUAUUCUGCUUGCCCUGCUUAUUAUUCUUGGUUUGCUUGAGGGACACCUUCAUACCAGACGAUAGAAAGCUUAGAGAUCCAAGGAGACUUUAUGCACCUGGACGAAUGUACCAUAUUGUUGAGAGAAAAUUUUGCAGAUGUGGGAGAUUUCCUCCUGAAGUGAGAACUGCCAUUCCUGUUGAUGGAAGAUUUGAGCAUAUCGUCUUAUCCUGCAAUGCAACAUCAGAUCAUGGAAUUAUUUGGAUCGAAAGGGAGGCAGAGAAAGCUCUACAACAAAUGAAGGAACAUAGUACCGAAACUGUGAUAGUCCCUCCAUCGGUGCAAAAGUUCGAGAGAUUGCAGACCAUAGAGAAAGAACAUAGGAAUGCUUUGGAAAGAGCUGUUAGCUUGAAUGUACCCCAUGCGGUGGAUGCUGCAGAGAAUGAACCGGGUGAACACAAUGAAGCCGAGACAGGUAGCACUAGUGACGGGAAAGAAGCCUCAAGUUCUGAAUCAAGAACAAGUGGUAGAAGACCAAACUGGGAUGAUGUUGUCCAAAAGCUUUUAAAGAAGAAGAAUGAGCCAGAAGAUGUUGCAAAUUUGCCACAAUAACAUCUUCUAAGUGAGAAUUUUUUUUUUUCCAACCGCUUUUUGCUAUUUUUAGAUAAUUCAGUGUUUGUAUAAUGUAAAAGGUAAAAUGAUGGUGUGUACAGCGUUACGAGAAAUUAUUUGUAAUUUUAAGAUUAAUAUGACGGCAAGUGCUGUCUCAAAAUCCAAUGUUUUGAUCAUGAAAUAAAAUGUUAAAACUGUGAAUAU